GACACAUCCAUUCUAAACACAAUUUACAUUAUAGAUCGAGUGGUGUAACAUCUGGUUUACAUAAAAGUGUCCCAUUCUUCGCUAGUAACGUGCUUUGCGUGAACAAAAGUUGACAAAAUAAAAAUAUUGAUCCUUUUUUGGAUGCAUAAUUAUCUAAAUGUGUUGAAAGAUAUCUCGUGUAUUAGAGAAAAGGAUUCGAAAAGGGCAUGACUUCAUCAUAACAAUGUUAUACAAGAGCAUGGUAUGAAAAAUGUCGAUGAAUGCGGGAGAGAAAGACCGCAUUUUGACCACAUCACCCGCUAAAACCCCGCCCUUUCUUCGCCACAUCACUGCAAUAGCAAGGCUGACAACGCUGGCAACAUUGACAGUUAUGUGGGCAGCAGCCGUGUAUGUUGUACAGGACAAAGACAAAAACACACAAUAUGUUGGAUUUUAUCUUAUAGGGGCGUCUGUACUUGUCACAUUUUUGGAAAUGACGUGGAUAAUCAAUAAAUCGGCUUGUUGCAGUUGCAGAAAGGAAGGCUGUUGUUGUGCGUGUUGGCAGUUGUUGAUGUGGGUGGACAAUUGGAAGAAGGGAGUGGUCUAUCUACUCAUUUCCAUCCCCGUCUUUCUGGAGGGGAUGCGAAUAAUACUAGGAAUCAUUAGUGGUUUUCUUCUAAUAAUGUGUGGUCUGUUGUACAUUCUAAAGACAUUUAAGGAGGGUGUGGUGUACACAGUGACAGAAACGCGAUACAUCCCAACACUUACGCCAUCUAUAGAUCUCGUGACUCACGAGAUUUCUACCCAAACGGAGGACAGCGAAUACUAUAGAGAGAUAACAGGUCACCACUGACAACGAAACACUGCCCAAAGAAUCCAUGACGCUCAGCAAGUCUUUCAAAUAAAAAACUUUCCAAGAAGCAUACGCCUCCUAGCGUGCAUGGUGUUGCCGAAUGUGACAGAAUGGUACUCAUAACUAAGCCUUACAGGCAACAUAAAACAGCUUUAAAACACACUAAACAAAAAUCGUCAUUCGGAUCUUUAAUUUUAGAGAGAUUCAUUUCUCCAUGCACCUUCAUUUCCAUUUUCCGAUGUAAUUUUCACCAGGUCUAAAGAAGCCGCGUUAAAUAUCGGGACAACGUGAUACGAUCGAUGUCAUUCGGAAACCUCUGAUUUUGUAGUAAAACCGUUAAAGAAUACGAUCCGAACACGUUAGUAGGCCAAUCGCGCGUUUUCGGGCUUUACCAACAAGCGGGAAAGUCCGAGAAGUUGCGAUUGAUUACCGUAGUAGGAGUGAACAUUCUUAUUCAUUAUCUUGCUUUGUUAUAUCCCAUUAGAAUUCCUUUAUUUUCUCUUUUGUAAUAAUAAUUGCAAUUAUACCCAUUAUUUACAUGUAUAGCUAGUGUGCAUACUAUAAGAAACUGUGUAUUUUAAUCAUUUAAGUUUGCAGCGUAGGUUUUUCAAAACGUUUUAUUUUCUCUAACAACAGUCAAUUUGUUUACAGUAGUUGAUUAUAACAUACAGAUCUUGGUAUUAUGUUAUCGCUUACAUACAACAAAUGGUAAUUGGAUAUUUACAUUUUUUCUCCAGUUUUCAAAAUAUUUUAAUGGAUGAAUGAACACAAAUGAAUUUAACUAACAUUUAAUUAGGAGGGAAUUUUAAGCAAUAAAAAUAGUUUUACAGA